CAAUACUUGACUCGAAUUGACAUGCCACCGAAAUGAUACCAAAAUCAUUAUUUGUGUCUGUAGGUAUCGACACCGACCUUGAACAGACACUAACAUCAAGCACAUCUCAAACCCCGAGUCUGACAUUGCUGUCGAAGCAGCAAGGACCAGUUAUUAGUAGUGCUCCGGUCAUCCAAGAUGUCUGGGAAUCACCAUCGAGGUCUGUUGGGUAUGCAUCACAGGAUGUUUCGAUUUCGCGGUAUAUCUCAACAAUAACUGUACAACCUACUUCAACACUGAUGCCAAGUAUCAUGGACUCCACACCGUCUCCAGGUUCUGAAUCAACAUCAGAUACGACCCGUGGUCUCUCUGGCCUGAAAGUACAAAGUCCGGUUCGGUCGGAUUCAAGCAGUAGUGGACUAAGAUAUCUACAGUCUCCAUGUCGUUCCAGUGUUUCUAGUGUAGGCUUCAGUUCUCUGAUAACGAGUCAAGAGAUGGACAGUACUGUCGUCGGGGAUUUUCUGGAGCAGUCUGCAAGUUCACGCUCUAUCAUCGUAAAGGGUACUGAAACACCUUUGAUAUUUACAUCAAUGCGUAGUCCAAUCUCAGAAACUAGCCACACCACAAACCACCUAGACACGCUAUACUCAAUAUCCACAUCUGCAUUUAUCUCAAACCAAGAGACAGCCACCUUCGACCAAGGCCUUGCAACAGAUGGCGACCCUGGAAUCACUGGAGUCGAAUCUGAGACAAUCAGUUCCAGUACAACAGACAAUGGCGACCCUGGAAUCUCAGGAGUCGAAUCUGAGACAAUCAGUUCCAGUACAACAGACAAUGUUGACCCUGGAAUCACUGGAGUCGAAUCUGAGACAAUCAGUUCCAGUACAACAGACAAUGUUGACCCUGGAAUCACUGGAGUCGAAUCUGAGACAAUCAGUUCCAGUACAACAGACAAUGUUGACCCUGGAAUCACAGGAGUCGAAUCUGAGACAAUCAGUUCCAGUACAACAGACAAUGUUGACCCUGGAAUCACAGGAGUCGAAUCUGAGACAAUCAGUUCCAGUACAACAGACAAUGUUGACCCUGGAAUCACAGGAGUCGAAUCUGAGACAAUCAGUUCCAGUACAACAGACAAUGUUGACCCUGGAAUCACAGGAGUCGAAUCUGAGACAAUCAGUUCCAGUACAACAGACAAUGUUGACCCUGGAAUCACAGGAGUCGAAUCUGAGACAAUCAGUUCCAGUACAACAGACUAUGGCGACCUGCUUCACCCAACAUCAGAAUCAGUCACCCCAUCGUCCACCAAACGCCAGCCUCCCUCCGACACAACGACUGCUCCUAUGAUAGCAGCAGCUCCUUCUGAAGCCGUGAUGUCCUCAAUAACUAACAGCUCCUACAUAUAUACAUGCAGCUCCUACUAUUCCGAAAACGAAGCCAGCAGUUGCCCCUGUCUGAGGAUGCUGACUAACGCUGUAGCCUCCAGCUGCCACGCCUCCUCGGGAGCAUCAGUCGUCCUCACCUGCAGGGUCGGCUGGGGGUUUCCUGAGGGACAGAGCAACCUCACUGUACAGUGCUGGGAUGCGACGUGGACUCCGGAACCACUGCACUGUGUCCCAGGUGGGUCGCCAGUCUCAUCUCACUACUCCUAUCUUGCAGGCUUCUUUAAACAGAGUCACUUUCACAAUGACAGGCAUCUAAGAUAUUAGAUGUAAUGAGGUUUUAUAUACAUAGCAGGACUAACACUUAUUGUCAAGACAUUAUGGUUUCAGGGAAGGGAAAAGGUGAAUCUUCAGCACCAGAAGACGACAUGGAGUGUGUACAAGUA